CUUCCCAGGUUUCUGCAGUCAAAUGCCCAGGCACAGGAUGAUUUGGGAAGUAGCCGUGGUGCUCACCUUGGUCCUGGGAACUGCUGCUGUUCCCGAGGACGAUCCUGAGGACGGAGGCAAGCACUGGGUGGUCAUCGUUGCAGGUUCAAAUGGCUGGUAUAAUUAUAGGCACCAGGCAGAUGCAUGCCACGCCUACCAGAUUGUUCACCGCAAUGGGAUUCCCGAUGAGCAGAUCGUUGUGAUGAUGUACGACGACAUCGCCAACUCUGAAGACAACCCCACUCCAGGAGUUGUGAUCAACAGGCCCAAUGGCUCAGAUGUGUACAAAGGAGUCCUGAAGGACUACACUGGGGAGGAUGUCACCCCGCAAAAUUUCCUUGCUGUGUUGAGAGGUGAUGAAGAAGCAGUGAAGGGCAAAGGAUCUGGGAAGGUCUUGAAGAGCGGCCCCCGGGACCACGUGUUUGUUUACUUCACUGAUCACGGAGCUACUGGACUACUGGCUUUUCCUAACGACGAUCUUCAUGUGAAGGACCUGAAUAAGACCAUCCAGUACAUGUACAAACACAAAAAGUACCAAAAGAUGGUGUUCUACAUUGAAGCCUGUGAGUCUGGGUCCAUGAUGAGACACCUGCCCACCGACAUCAAUGUUUAUGCGACAACUGCCGCCAAUCCAGACGAGUCAUCCUACGCCUGUUACUAUGAUGAGCAGAGGUCCACGUACCUGGGGGACUGGUAUAGUGUCAACUGGAUGGAGGACUCGGAUGUGGAGGACUUGACCAAAGAGACUCUGCACAAGCAGUACCAGCUGGUGAAGUCCCACACAAACACCAGCCAUGUCAUGCAGUAUGGGAACAAGACCAUCUCUACCAUGAAACUGAUGCAGUUUCAGGGUGUGAAACACAAAGCCAGUUCUCCUAUCUCCCUGCCUCCCGUCCACUGCCUGGACCUCACUCCAAGCCCCGAGGUGCCCCUCAUGAUCAUGAAGAGGAAACUAAUGCACACCAAUGACCUGCAGGAGUCCAGGCGUCUCACUGAGGAGAUCCACAGGCACCUGGAGAGCAGGAAUGUCAUUGAGAAGUCAGUGCGAAAGAUCGUCUCCUUGACCACGAGGUCCGACGACGAGGUGGAGAGGCUCCUGUCGGAGAGAGCGCCGCUCACGGAGCACGACUGCUACCAGGCCGCCGUGUCCCACUUCCGCACCUACUGCUUCAACUGGCACUCGGCCCUGUACGAAUAUGCUCUGCGCCAUUUGUACGUGCUGGUCAACCUCUGUGAGAAACCGUAUCCAGUUGACAGAAUAAAAUCGUCCAUGGACAAGGUGUGCCUUGGUUACUACUGAAACACUGCCUUCUUGCUGCUUCUCCAAGUGUGAACACUGUCCCUGAGCGUGUGCUGAUCAGAGGUGGAAGGAGCGAGAGGGCGGGCCUGGGCCGCACUCCAGGCCUUUCCCCACCUCCCGGUCUCCCACAGGCCCCGCGUGAUGCUCUGAAGACUACACAUGUGGCUGGGGUAGAGCUCUGUUGAGAAAGGUCUAUUUGCUUUCCAAGAGGCCUUUUUGCCUAUCAUUUUAAGGAGCAAGAAGUGCACUUGGGCUUCUGUAGCCAGUGAAACAGUCUCUGUACUGAGGAGUUUGAAGCUGGAACCUCUUAAGUCUUCAGAAGGAUUAUUUUGAAGGGCAACAGAAGCCCCAAAUGGAAAACUGUUUUUAGAAAAUAAUGUAACUUUUGAUGGCUUUUUAUGUUUUAUUCCUCAAUAACGGGCAAGUCUUAAAAAAAUAAAGAUUGUAACUGAAGCCGAGUAUUAAUUUUGGGCCAGUGACUUGCAGUUAUGUCCUGGCCUCAUCCUCCCCUCCCCCCCCAAGCCGCUCUGCUCUGCUCGGCUCCCCUGCUCUCCUUGGACUGCAGCCUCCUGUGCCUUUUGCUUCUUGCUGUUCCUCGUGCCCUGGAGUGCCUUGCCCUCCAUCUGACACCCUCCCUCAAACCUUCAACUCCCUCUUCUCUCACCCAUCAAAAGUCCUCUGUCUGCAUCUUCUUGGCAUCUCUUUCAGCAGCUGUCAGGGUCUGCCUGACUUGGCUUCAUUUCCCUUUGCCUGGUGCCUUACACAGGGAGGUACUCAGUGGGUUAAAGACGUGUAAGAGGAACACUAACUAUGGCCAUGCAGCGGAAUAUUAUGCAGCAAUGAAAAGGAACAGAGCACUGAUAACGUGCUGCACAUUAGGCCAAGUGAAAAGCCCAUCACAAAAAAGCACACAUGCAUGAUUCCAUUGUUAUCUAUAGAGACGGGAAGUAGGUAAGUGGUGCCAGGGCCUGGGAGGAGAGGAAAUGGGGAAAUAGCAACUGCUAGUGGGUAUGAGGAUUCCUUUGGAGUGGUGAAAAUUUCUAAAAUUGAUGUGGUGAUGAUUGGGCAACUCUUGAAUAUAGUUAAAAUCAUUGAAUUGUAUGUGCUAAGUGGAAAUUACGUGGUUUGUUAAUAAUGCUUCAAUAAAGCUGUUUUUAAAAAUAAACCAUAUAGCUAGAUGGCUGUUUAGACAGAGCGAAAGCAAAGAAAAAAGGUAACACCUGCUAAGCUUAUGACCACCUGGCUUCAUACUGUGAAAACCUGUCCUAUUUGGCAGCGAUGAUGCCUUUGUAAGUUUGGAGUUACGAAUGGAAGGUGGGAUACCGGCAGGGUUAUGUCUGACAAACCCAGGGGCGAUGCUGUGUUUCUAAUGGGCCAAUUUUUUAUCAGCACAAACCUCCUUUCUCAGUAAGGUCCCCAGGGCUAAUUGAGUGACUUUAGGAUAAAGAACUCACUGUCCUACGGAUUUGGGGAGCUCUAGGGUUCUGAGUAACAAGUACAAGAUGAUCGCGUAUGUUUAUCGCUAAUGGGCAACCCCAGUGCUGGCUGAUGUUCGAGGAAAUGCAAAUGCCAAAAAGUAGACUUUUAAUGGGAGUAUCUUUAAAGGCCUCCAGAUACAGGUGGUAAAAGCUGUUUUUUUUUCUCGAACUGUUAACUACCUUUUCUAUCCCGCUUCUCUGUUUGUCCUUCCUGUACGAAAAACUAUAUUAUGUACUUAACCAAUACGGAAACCAUACUGUUCCUAGCUCUAAAGGGGAAAGCAGCUGUUUCAUUUCUCAAAUAAAUGACGAUUUCAUGUCA